AGAGCCCACCUCGCUGAAUUUGAAAAGGCGGCCCAGCAGAGGCGUGGGCGCCCCCAGACACUUCCCGCUCGGACCCGGGCUCUGCUCGCUCUGCUCCGGCCGGGGCCGCGGGUUCGGUCCAGGCGCCGGUGCGCCCCUGCCCGUCCUCGCGCCCGGGACUCCGGGCCCCCGCGGGCGGCCGCGCAAGAUGAAGCUGGCCCUCCUCCUGCCCUGGGCGUGCUGCUGCCUCUGCGGGUCGGCGCUGGCCACCGGCUUCCUCUACCCCUUCCCGGCCGCAGCCCUGCAGCAGCACGGCUACCCCGAGCCCGGCGCCGGCUCCCCGGGCAGCGGCUACGCGAGCCGCCGGCACUGGUGCCAUCACACGGUGACACGGACGGUGUCCUGCCAGGUGCAGAAUGGCUCAGAGACGGUGGUCCAGCGUGUGUACCAGAGCUGCCGGUGGCCGGGGCCUUGCGCCAACCUCGUGAGUUACAGGACUCUGAUCAGACCCACCUACAGAGUGUCCUACCGCACGGUGACGGCGCUGGAGUGGAGGUGCUGCCCUGGCUUCACCGGGAGCAACUGUGAUGAGGAGUGCAUGAACUGUACCAGGCUCAGCGACAUGAGUGAGCGGCUGACCACGCUGGAGGCCAAGGUUCUCCUGCUCGAAGCAGCGGAGCGGCCCUCUGGCCCUGACAAUGACCUGCCAGCCCCCCAGAGCACCCCGCCCCCCUGGAACGAGGACUUCCUCCCUGAUGCCAUCCCUCUGGCCCACCCGGGGCCCCGAAGGAGAAGGCCCACAGGCCCGGCUGGGCCCCCGGGACAGACGGGACCGCCAGGGCCUGCAGGCCCCCCAGGCUCCAAAGGUGACCCAGGCCAGACAGGAGAGAAGGGCCCAGCAGGGCCCCCUGGGCUCUUGGGGCCACCAGGACCCCGAGGGCUUCCUGGAGAGAUGGGGCGUCCUGGCCCCCCGGGACCCCCGGGCCCAGCAGGCAGCCCGGGCCCCUCAGCAAACAGCCCCCAGGGCGCCCUCUACUCCCUGCAGCCGCCUACAGACAGAGACAAUGGAGACUCACGGCUGGCACCUGCCAUUGUGGACACAGUGCUGGCGGGUGUCCCAGGGCCCCGGGGUCCCCCCGGCCCACCAGGUCCCCCAGGACCGCACGGUCCCCCGGGACCCCCAGGAGCACCUGGCUCCCAGGGCCUGGCGGGAGAGCGGGCCGCGGCGGGGCCGUCCGGUGAGCCCGGCCUGAAGGGGGAGGAGGGGGACAAAGCGGCCGCCACAGAGGGCGAGGGGGUGCAGCAGCUGCGAGAGGCGCUGAAGAUCCUGGCAGAGCGAGUCCUCAUCCUGGAGCACAUGAUUGGGAUCCACGACCCCCUGGCCUCCCCCGAGGGGGGCUCCGGCCAGGACGCCAGCCUGAGAGCCAACCUCAAGAUGAAGCGAGGCGGCUCCCAGCCCGAUGGCGUCCUUGCUGCCCUGCUUGGCCCCGACCCGGGGCAGAAGAGUGCAGAGCGGGCCAGCGGCAGGAAGUGAGAGCCCAGCUCCUGGGAUAAGCCCCACUGUGGCCGGAGACGCGGCCCCGGAGGCCCGAGCUGCUGCCGGCUCCUGAAGGCGCCCCGGGGGCCCGGGCUGCAGACACCGACUGUGGGGGGACGCUGGCUCCUGGGGCCCGAGGGUCUUGGGGACAGACGGCGCCUCCAGGGGCAGGGUCCAGAGGGGACCAGCACCCUCGGCAGAGGCCCAUCCUCUCCCACCCCCCACUCCCUGCUGGACACGGGGUCUGGGUGGGCCAGGGGCGGGUAUGAGAAGAAUCCUAAUACUCCUCAUUUACUGAGUCCCUGCGACAUCUGGGCCUGUCCAGGGCUUUCCCUAUGUCGUCUCAUUUAACCCUUAGGAGGUAGGCUUAUUAUCCUCACUUUACACAGAGGACCCAGGCUCGGAGGGUACAAAUUACCCACUCGAGGCCACCAGCUCAUGGAUGGCUGGGGCAGGAUUUGAACCUGGGGCUCUCAGCUCCUGAAGCCCGGUGUUCUCAGCAAUGCUGGUUUCCCGUCUUCAUGAGGAAACUCAGACGGGAGGGCGCAGGGCCAGCUGAGGGGAUGGCGGGGCCCUGCAUGGCACAUCCCAGUCCAAGACCACAGGGCCUCCCUUCGUCGGCCCCCUCCCCAGGCUUUAGGGUCUGCUCCUCAGGCUGGGGAGGCCUGACUGGUAGCUGCUCUCAGAGACCAGGGAGACCCUGAAUACAUCACUGGAGGUCACAUGGACUUGGGGACUGUGACAGAGCAGCACUGGGAGUGCAGGGCCGCG